GUCAUCGAAUUCGUAGGGUGAAAUCUGAGGCUGAAGCUGGUUUCUGGAACCUUCUUGAAGGCGUGCCGCAAACUCUGCAUUCAAAUCUCCAUUUGUUUUGCCACAAGCAUCGCAGACAGCGUCAACCAUGGCCGAUGACUUCGAUUUCGCGGACCAAGUCCCUCCUUCCUUCGACCGUGUGGGAAACGUGAUUAAGGAUUCUGGAUCCCAAGGGUUCAACCCAGGCUUAAUAGUUCUUCUGGUUGUAGUUGGGUUGCUAUUGGCAUUCCUUAUUGGAAAUUUUGUGCUCUACACGUAUGCACAGAAGACCCUCCCUCCCAGGAAAAAGAAGCCGGUCUCAAAGAAGAAGAUGAAGAAGGAGAGACUGAAGCAAGGCAUCUCUGCACCUGGAGAGUAGAUAAUUUGUACUCUGGUUUAAAUUGUACUCCAGAAAAAAUACUUUCCCUUUCUGUGGUGUCUUGAAUUACGUUAAUUUUCAUCUUUCUAUCCUGAGUAUUACUGAUAGAAAGUUUAACCACAUAAAUUAGUGCUUUAACAAUUUGGGACAGGCUAAUAUUUAUGAUUAAAUCAUCAUUUU